AUGGCUUCUCAGGCUUCCAAUGUAGUCCGCCCUAGCGACGCUGAGCUACUGCAGGCACAAGCCGACCUAUGGCGGGUCAGCCUCUCCUACCUGACGCCCAUGUCACUGAGGUGCGCCGUGGAGCUUGGCAUCCCCACGGUGAUCCACCGCCAUGGCGGGGCUGCCUCACUCGCCGACCUGAUCACCGCGCUGUCUCUCCCCUCCGCCAAGCUGCCGUUCCUUCGUCGCCUGCUACGGCUCUUGGCCGUGGCGGGCGUGUUCGCUGUCGACAAGACCACGGCGGAGGAGAGGUACUGCAUCAACCCCGUGUCCUACCUCCUGGUCGACGGCAUCCCUCACGAGGUGCACAUCAACCACACCUCUCUGGUGCUCGCCUGCACCUCGACGCGCUACCUCGAAGCGGCGAUAGGGUUAGCUGAGUGGUUCAAGAAGGACGUGGUGACGCCGCCAUUCGAGGAGCUGCAUGGGGCGGCUCUGUUCCAUGAGAGCUUGGAGAGCCUCGACCCAGAUUACCACAAUACGGUAAAUGAAGCCUUGGACGCCCACGACAACUUUGGGAUUGAGAUCGCACUGCGGGAGUUCAGGGACUUGUUUGAGGGGAUUCAGUCGAUGACCUACUGCUGUGGUACCUCUGGUGAUGGCAAGUUUGCCAGGGCCAUUGUCAAGGCCUUCCCACACAUAAAAUGCACUGUGCUGGCCCCUCCAAAGAUGACUGCCACCAAACCGGCUGAUGGUGUCAUGAUAAACUAUGUUGAAGGUGACAUGUUCAACUUCAUUCCACCCGCUCAAACUGUGAUGCUAAAGCUUGUGCUGCACCACUGGACUGAUGAGGACUGCGUGAAGAUCCUGGCUCAAUGCCGGAAGGCGAUUCCUUCACAAGAGGAUGGCGGAAAAGUUAUCGUUGGUGAUAUUGUGAUUGACUACUCUGGGCCUUUGUUGGAAACUCACCUCUUAAUGGACAUUGGCAUGAUGACCAUGACAAAAGGACGCCAACGGGAUGAAAAUGAAUUUCGUGAGAUCUUCAUGAAAGCAGGGUUCAGCGACUAUAAGAUUCUAAAGAAAUUUGGAGCUCGUGUUGUCUUCGAAGUGUAUCCGUAA